GCAUGGGGGUAGUGCUCGCGCGUCAGCUCUUACUAGUGCCGCGGGUUGUUGCGGUGGCACGCUCGGGCUGUGAUUGCUGGUUGUGAACGAUUUUUUCAGACGUCCAAGUAGGCAGUAAAUAAGACGCGCCGCGAUGCCGGCCGGCGCCGCCGCCGGUGGCGACACCUCGCGGCCGGCGCACCGCCUGGCGGCCAAGGAGCGCACGGCGGACGUGCGUGUCUCGGAGGACGUGACGUUCGCCGGUCUGCUGCUGUCGGAGCCGGUGCUGCUUGGUCUGCAGCAGGCCGGCUUCGAGCGGCCGUCGCCCAUCCAGCUGCGCGCCAUCCCGCUCGGUCGCUGCGGCGUCGAUCUGAUCGUGCAGGCCAAGUCGGGCACGGGCAAGACGUGCGUGCUGGCGGUGCUGGCGCUGGAGCUGCUGGCGGCGGCGGCGCCGUCCGGCCGCUGCCAGGCGCUGGUGCUGGCGCCCACGCGCGAGGUGGCCGUCCAGGUGGCGCAGGUUGUGGCCGCCAUCGGGUCGCACGUGCCGGGUCUGGCGGUCCACACGCUCAUUGGCGGACUGCCGCUCGCGCAGGACGUGGCCAAUCUGCGCCGCUGCCAGGUCGCCGUGGGCACACCAGGUCGCGUGCGUCAGCUGGUGGACAGCGAGGCGCUAAACACGGACGCCGUCCGCCUGUUCGUCAUGGACGAAGCCGACAAGUUGAUGGAGGACGCGUUCGUCGACGACAUCAACUUCAUCUACUCCACCCUGCCAGCCAGCAAGCAGAUGGUUGCUCUGAGCGCCACCUACCCGGAGACGCUGGCCGACCUGCUGGCGCGGUACAUGCGCACACCGACCUUCGUCAGACUCGGCAAGUCCUCAUCCGCCCUGCUCGGCAUCCGUCAGUACGUGCUGACCGUGCCAUACCAGCCUUUGGUGCAGAAGCAGCUGAAGCUCAAGCUGGACGCGCUGGUGCACCUGCUUUCCACCGUCAGCUUCACCCAGUGUCUCGUCUUCUCCAACCACCAGACGAGGGCGGAGACGCUGUCGACCCAGCUGACGGCGCGCGGCUGGCCGAGCACCCACCUCUCCUCGGCGCUGAGCCAGGAGCGCCGGCUGGAGGCGCUGGCCCGCCUCACCUCCCUCCGCUGCCGCGUGCUGGUCGCCACCGACCUCGGCGCGCGCGGCGUCGACAGCGAGCACGCCGACCUGGUCGUGCAGCUGGACGUGCCGUGGGACGGCGCCACGUACCUGCACCGCGACUGGGACACGCCGAGGCGCACGGGGCAAGCGGCCGGCGCGCGUGCGGACACGGCGGCGGACAGCGACAGCGGAGACAGCUUCUCGGCGCUGCUGGAGGCAUACAAGCGAGAUCAGGAGCGGCAGCGGGACGACUGGAGCUCCGGAGACGGAGAUGGAGACGUGCGGGAGGGGCGGACGGGGGGGCCGCGCCCCGACUCGUCGAGCGGCGAGGUGUCGGACGACGAAGCCGAGGACGAGGACGAGGACGAGGACGAGGACGAGGAGGCUGGGGCUGUUCAGGGAACCGACGUGGCCCACGAGGGCGGAGCGGGUGACGCCUGGCGGGGUGAGGAGUGGGGGCCCUGCACGGGUCCGCCGCCGGGAUACCCUGCGCAGCGCGACGACAUCUCGUGGGAGGCUCUCCUGAGGACGUGUUAUGAGCGUCAGACCAGGUACAUCAAGCACAUGUCGCGGUUCUUCAUGGACUACCACGGACGGCAGGGAUAG